GUAAGAUACGCCCACUCAGAUGGCCGGUAAAGUCAGUUCAAACUGAAAAAACACGCUGCCUGAACACAGACUAUCCAAGACGACGUUCAUGUAUGGAAGGAGAAGAAGGGACGCUGCCUAACAGCCUUUAUACCUCUGACUGACUGAGCCUCAUUUUCUUAAUUCAGAAACUCACAGUCAGGUAGAAACUACUCAUGAUUGAGUGUGUCAUUUUUUCCUGUCAUUUAAGUCUAAGCUGAUACACUUAGCAAAGACUUGUCUCGGAACCUGCUGAGUGCGCUCGCUGGAUGCUUUGGGUGAACAGGUGGCGCAAGCUCCGGUUCUCUUAAUUUGCUAUUAGGGGCGAAGACGCAGGCAGAGCGGAGUUAACGCACUGUACCGGACAUUAAGCAUUUAAUACCUGGCUUUAAGCUGGGCGAAGGGACGAGCUGCGUAGGUUCCCUCCCUUGUUUAAAAAGGAGAACACUUUGACAAGGGAGCUGUGAUGCCAGUAGCUGACAGCGACAUGGUAGUGGACAACAGCCACGCGGUGCACGAGGGUAAAACCUCUAAUAAUAAUAAUAAUGCGGUGAAUGACAACAUCACUGCGGCCUCUCUGAGCAGUCCCGCUGCAGACAUCCUGAAGAACUUUUACCACACCAAGAGGGUCGGGAACUAUCUGAUCGGGCGCAAGCUUGGAGAAGGAUCUUUCGCCAAAGUUAGAGAGGGGCUCCAUGCCAUGACAGGGGAGAAGGUGGCAGUGAAGGUGAUCGACAAACGGAAGGCUAAGAAGGACUCAUAUGUGACCAAGAACCUGCGGAGGGAGGGUCACAUCCAGCAGAUGAUCCGCCACCCCAACAUCACGCAGCUGCUGGACAUCCUGGAGACGGAGAACAGCUACUACCUGGUGAUGGAGCUGUGCCCCGGCGGGAAUCUCAUGAACCGCAUCUACGACAAGAAACGGCUGGACGAGAGGGAGACGCAGAAAUACAUCAGACAGUUGGUGCUGGCUGUCGAGCACUUGCACCGAGCCGGCGUUGUGCACAGAGAUCUGAAGAUAGAAAACCUCCUGUUGGAUGAGCAGGACAACAUAAAGCUCAUAGACUUUGGGCUCAGUAACUGUGCUGGCAUCCUGGGAUACUCUGACCCCUUCAGCACCCAGUGUGGAAGCCCUGCAUAUGCCGCCCCUGAGCUGCUCUCGAGGAAGAAGUACGGGCCGAAGGUGGAUGUCUGGUCCAUUGGUGUGAACAUGUACGCCAUGUUGACCGGGACCCUCCCAUUCACCGUGGAGCCCUUCAGUCUGAGAGCGCUGCACCAAAAAAUGGUGGACAAGGAGAUGAACCCUCUACCUCCGUCUCUCUCCACAGCUGCCAUCUGUCUUCUGAAGAAGCUUCUUGAGCCAGAUCCAAGCAAACGCCCCAAUAUCCACCAGGUGAUGGCAGAUUCCUGGCUACAGCUCGCCAACAAGAACACAGGAGCACCGUACCUCAACAGGAUCCACAUUGAAGAAAUCAACCACACCGUGUUGCUUCAUAUGACGGAGAAGAUGGGCUACAAGCACAGCGAGGUGCUGAGUGCCGUCCUCACCAACCGCGCCUGCCACACGCUGGCCGUCUACUUCCUCCUCAACAAGAAAAUGAAGAGACUUUCUAAAGAGUACAGGGAGAUGCAGUUCCAGGAAAACAAAAAGAAAGGAGAAAAGCAGAAGAGUGAAUACUUCCAGACGCAGUGGAGGAAGCACGUCGACAAGCUCACCAUCCCCCCCAAACAGACGCCGGUGUACCUGGCGGUCAGCAAGGGGCCGAGCAAGGAGAAGAAACACCGAACAGGUCUUUUGCGUGCCAUCACCGGAGGCCAUCGUAACUCACCUCUGGCACCACCUGGCACCGUUGCUUCCUCCUCAAUGGAAUAUCUUGAGAUCCAUCCCCUCUUUCCCAACACCCCUCAGCAACGGAGGCGCCUGGCCACGCUCCCGCAAGUCAACACGAGUCCAGAACACAACAUCCCCGCUCCACCGGCACCAUCGCCGAUCGGUAUGCAUUCCUUCGGUUCCCUCUCCAAAGCCGAACAAAUUGAAGACACCCCCGCUUCACCCUGGUACAAGCUGACCAACGGGACUCUGUCCCCACCUCGCCACGUCUCUGCCUUCCAGCCUGACUCAUCCUACCUGAAGAAGGCAACGAUACCCAGUCCGCCCGUCCUCAUAGUGAACCCGCAGCCCAAGAAAAGUCUCUCGUCAGAUUGGUGCGGUUCUUCCGACACCAGUGGCAGUCCCCCCAGCACCGUAGGAAGCCCCCCAGGGAGCUCAGCCUUCAGCCCUCCAAAGUCUGCCUUUAGUCCCCUAAACCCCACCUCAGCCUUCAGUCCUCCUUCAAACAACAGCAGUAGCAGCGAUCCCGACAGCCCAACGCACCGUAGCAAGUUCCCCUCAAUGGGAAUCGGACAGAUUCUUAAGAAGAAGGUCCAGCUGCAGCCGUUCAGUUUCCGGCCUGAGCAGGUCGUGGAGGAAGUGGUGUCCCCGCCCCCUUACCCCAUGCAGACUCUCCUCUGUGCUUCAGGUGCACUAAAGACCCUCUGCUGAGGGAAAAAAGGACAAAAGAAAAAAACGAAAGAAAGACUCAAGGCCCCUUUCAACGAUGUUGGAGAGGUCUUCCAGAGCGGCCUUUUGAACUGUGAACUGUCCCUUUAUUGCAACUGAGCCACUUUUUUAUGACGGACUUGAUCAUUUAGAGGAAAAAAAAAGAAGAACGACUAAAGGGUUUCAGAAUAAAAUAUCUCAUGUUACCGCUCUCAUUGUGUAAGAAGAGGACGGGACAUUGAGACCAUGAGAUUCCAAACAGAUCCCUGAGCGAUUACUUAGCCUCACUGUGUCCUAGAUACAGAGUGGACAUGGGACAUCAUGUAAUAUGGGCCUUACCUACACGGUGUAAAAACACACACCCACACACACACACACACACAAACACCCACACACACACUGUAUUAUACACUGAGUGUAGAGAUACUCUCUUCUGUAAUAUUGCUGUAACUGGUUACUAAUUGAGCCGCAGACUGAUUCACACCAGCUAACAGACCCCAACCCUGACCCUGACUACAUGUUUAAAUGUUUUGUGUCUGUAAAAAACUCUUGUAUGAAACCCACUGACUUCCAGCCAGCCGGCACUGUAUCCUCAACGCUGACUGGACGACAAAGCGCACUGCACUAUUCUUAAAAAACCAAAACCUAUAGUAACAACGUUUACCAUCUUUUACCUCACUGCAUCGUUCAUACAUUAACGUAUGUCAGCCGUCGGUUUGUCAAGGCGACAUGCUCGUGUGGAUUUUGCCACGGUGUAGCAGUGUGUGAGUGUUCGACAUCAACACACUGAAAUAGAAGUAGGUACCAAGAAUAGAGUGACACUCACUUUUUAUAGCCUUCUCAUAAAAUAUCACUCAACACUGACAAUAAUUCAUAGCUAUAACUUUUUAUACACGUAUGACAUCACCUCUUUAACCCACAGGGAAGCUGUUAAAGUCUUACUUAGGGAGGAUAUGCCUGUUUAUAGUCAGUUUUGAAGAAAAAGAAAAAGAAAGAUAAAAAACAAAGCAUCGAAAGCCUUACGAAACGGAGCGACCUCGCCGAUAGCCGAGGGCAAGAAGGCGUAAAUAAGUGCUACCAGGAUCACGUACCGCCCAUGAAAAUAGUUCACUUCCUUUGUCUUAAUGCUGUAGUUUGUGCAAUAGUCUUAAAUGUUACCUGCAAUGACGAGUAUUUGCCAAGCACUCUCUUGAGUGAUGUGAAAAUUGUGCUUGUAAAUAACAGUACGACUCCUGUGUUAACGUUUGCUGUCCUGUGCAGAGGGAUUCUAAAAUGUUUGUCGAACUGACAUUUUUUUUAACGUUUAAUCGCUUCUUUAAAACUUUCGGACUCAAAGGGGGACCCACAGGCACACGAGGCUUCUCACUGUUAAGAAACUGUAGAAUCUCUUCCUGUCCAAAUGAAAAGUUGCAUGCAAUGUUUCACGAGUCGAAAGCUGAACUGUGAACAUUUGAAAUUUUAACGUCUUUGUACCUUUUUUCUGGUUGAUACUGAGAUUGAUACGGACUCGGGGGGUCUUUUGUAAGAUUUUGUAAUGGAUGGUUUUGUUGGAGUGUCAAGAGAUUUCUAUGCUGUACAAAGUAUUUUAAAUAUUUAUACUGAA